UGGGGCUCCGUUUAUGUAACUACUGUGUCAGCCAUGGAAACUUCUGCACAACCAUGAGCGUCACUCACUCAUGGAGACACAAAAAAAAAACAACACAGCCAAAAUACCUUAAAAAAGCAAACUUAUUCGAGUUUUAGCCUCAGCGGGGGUGGAUAGUUUGAAGCUAACGCGGACACAAGUCGACCUUUAGCCAGAAAAUGAAAAAUAAAAAUAAAAACGUGGUGUUUGGGGUAAAUUUUCAAAAUAAGGUUAGUUCAAAGACGCGCACAGACGGGCGGAAACAUCAGAGCCACCACCGUGCGCGGCUUCAAAAGUCACACGCUAUCGCUGGAUUACGCAGGAAUUUGUCAAAUGAAUAACUUUUAAUAUCAGAGCAUCUGCGGCUGCCUGGUCCGUGUGCUAACAGUGGCUAAAAUUAAAACUUUACGUCCUCGUAUCAAGGCUGCAGAGACAUGAGUCAGGCGGAGCAGGUGCCUGAGGACAUGCCUGCAUACCUCACAGAUGAGCCAGUAGCUACAGACAACAACAAGGACCACCCACAGACACAACCCGGCAUGUUCGGCAGGUUGGCGGGGGGGUUGUACGGCGCCACCAAGGGAGCCUUGGGAGCGACGGUGGGCGGCGUGACCUGGAUAGGAGGAAAGAGCCUGGACCUCACCAAGACGGCCGUUUGCUCCGUGGCCGCUGUGCCCGCGAUGGGAGUGGGCCUCGUGAAAGGGGGAGUGUGCGCCGUGGCUGGAGGAGUGACGGCCGUGGGCUCUGCAGUCGUCAGCAAAGUGCCCAUAGGGGGAGGCAAAAAGAAGGACAAGUCCGACUGAGGAGCGCAGCGGACGGACUGAAGCGUAUGGAUUGUGAUGUGUUUGGCCGUUUUAACCCUUGUGAGCGGGAAAGGAGCAACGAAGGACUCGAAAUGCAGCGUGCACGUCUCGGUGUCGGUUCUGUGCUUUUUUUUUUUUUCUCUUUAGUUUCUGCUUUUUAUGUGACCGUAAAUCAACGUAGCAAAGAUUUAUAAAGCGUCAGCAUGAGGAGUUGCACGGUCACCCGUGCCUGAAAGUUCGUGAGUAUUAAUCAUAUUAACGAGUUUUAUUGAAACUCUUGUGUUUGUCACGUGAGUUAGUGUUAAAGGAAAAAAAAAAAAGCGCACAGGUUAAAUUUCACUUGCAGGACAAUCAAUGAUCAGCGUCGACCUGAAACUGACAGUGAGUGGGAAUAUUUCAACACUUGCAUGGAUCUGGAGGUGUCCUCAGUAUGAUUUCCAUUCACUCCUCUUCAGUCGAAACAUGUUUGCUGGAUGCAGCUGGUCAAAGACGUGAUAUUAAAAGUCCGGUUUAACGUCUAAACUACGUCCUCACCCUCCAGUGGUUACGGUCUCCGAUCUGUGGAAGGCGACCCCUGCUUUUGAUACACAGUAAACGUCGUGUCAGGUAUUGACAGCAAUAAAUAGAUGAGCAAUAAAUGUAACACUCCUUUGAAAAAGUUCUGUCAGAUGACUCUUUACUACACAGAAGCUUCAUUAUGGCGUAUGUUUCCGCUACACUGCACAAAACACAUUCUUUAAGUUCUCAGCUUUAACGUUUCCAAAAUCCCAUUUUCUUUGUGUUUACUUUUGUGUGGUGUGAAUCUGAUGUUUGGAUUUCUUUACAUUAUCCUGAAUUCCGUUGGUCGGGCACUUGUUUAAGCUGAAAAACCUGUAAAUGUUUUAUUUUGCAAUGUUUUUGUUUUGUUUUGUUUUUUUUUUUUUACUCUGCCUGUUAUUGUUAAGUACCAGUCAAGCCUUGUGUCACGCAGGAUUAAGGUUUCAGAGCUUUUGUCAUACCAGUGUUGCAGGAUGUUUGAAACUAUUGAAAAAUGUCAAAGUUAUAUUCAAAAAUUUGUUUAAAUAAAACAACUGAAGUUGA